UUCACAUGCACAAAGGCACCCAGACUCAGGACAGGCAUUAGUGGUUCUAAUUUAACACGUCAGUUGUACAGAGACACAGGUCCAAAAUGCCAAGGACUUGUUGAUACCUUUACUCAAAAAUAUGAUGGUGUAGCUAUCCCAGUAGCUAACGAUAGAAGAUAUAAAACUAUUGUAAUAUGUCGAUGUAGGACUAACAUGGGCUAUUGCUAUAGUUUUAUCAUGGUCGUCCAUUUUACACACUACUUAAAAAGUUUUUAACAAAUAGGUUGACCAUAAUACAACAUAAUACAAAUAAUGCCCGUUAAGAACUGAAGAAGAAGAAUUGAAAUUACUGACAGAUGUCAUCAUUAUUCUGAUAGAAUAUCAUUCAAAAAUUUUCUACGCAAGAUAUAUUUUUUAUUAAUGAGUUUCUUUGUGAAAUAAUUAUGAAUUGGUUAACGUAAAUUCUAUUAGUUAACUUUUUGGAAUUUGUCUGACGAAAAGCAGCAUAACAAAAUGAUUUUGUCAAAAAAUAUCUUCCAGUACAUGGUGGGGAUGGUCGAUUUGAUCGGCGGAGGUGAGUUCUCGCUCAGCUGGUACUGCUUGCAUGGUCUGCACGGCCCGCACAGCCCAUCUUCUAUAGACAGCAUCAUCGUCAUCAUCACAACUUACCUAUUUUAUGUUGCAGGCGAAAAUGAGGAGAAUUAUGAUCCGCACGCCCACCGAAAAGUCCCCAAGCCUACAACGUACGGUGAGACCAUGAUGCACAUGCUAAAAGGCAGCAUGGGAGCGGGCAUGCUCGCCAUGCCCGACGCUGUGCGCCGUAUGGGUAUCAUUAUGGGCGCCAUUGGGAUCAUCAGCAUCGGAUUAUUCUCUACGUAUUGUAUACAAUUGUUGGUCUAUGCAGAAUAUAAAGUGUGCAAGAAAAUGAAACGCGGCUACGUCAAGUUUCCUAAGGGCAUGAAAGUGGCUAUCCAAAGUGGUCCAGAAUGUAUGCGUUGGUCCGGCGUAUUAUUUUACCAACUUGUCGACAUAUUUCUUAUAAUGUGGCAAAUUGGUGUCUGCGCUAUAUAUUUUGUAUUCGUAUCAGAAAACGUAAAACAGGUUCUUGAUUUCUACGGUAUAGAGUACUCCGUGAGGUUUCUAAUCUGUUGCUGCUUUCCCAUCCUGCUUGUGCUGAGCUGGGUCAAGGAUCUCAAAUUUUUAUCGCCAAUCUCUUCGUUUUCGAAUGUCCUAAUUGGGCUCGGGCUGAUUCUUGUAUUUUUUUACUUGAUUCAAGAAGAAUUAAUAGUAGAUGAUGAGAAGUACAGAUCGCAAGGAAUUGAAGAGUUUCCAGUUUUUGUUGGUAUAACCCUGUUUGCCCUUGAAGCUGUGGGAGUGGUUCUGGCGCUCGAGUACAACAUGGAGAAACCGAAGGAAUUCACUGGCUUGUUUGGACUGUUCAGUAUCGGCAUGUUCAUAAUUGUAUCAAUUUUCGCAUCUCUAGGCGUACUUGGAUACCUCAAGUAUGGGCAAGACAUUCGGGCUUCCAUCACUCUCAAUCUACCAUAUGAUGAGAAAAAGGCUCAAGCGGCGAAACUUGCUUUUGCUGCGGCGCUUUUUCUAUCUUUUCCACUGCAAAACUUUGUGGCAUACCAUAUCAUAUGGCAGAAAACUCGGAAAAGGAUAAAGUCGUUUGUCUUCAUAAUAGACUCCUGUCUGCGCUUUGGUCUCGUAUUGAUACCAUUUUCAAUGGCGGUGGCAGCUCCUUCUCUGGGUCCCUUCAUGGGUCUGAUUGGUGCGCUGAGCCUCACCAUGGUUGCCAUCGUGUUCCCGGGCAUCAUGGACCUAUGCCUGCACUGGCCCAAGAACUUCGGAUUGUGCUACUACAAAUUUACUCGCGACGUUCUUAUCAUAAUAGUAGGCACAUUUAGUAUGGUUUCCGGUGUUUAUACGAGUCUUCUAGAGAUAUAUGAACACAUGAAUGAACAACAACCUGUACCAGCGCCUGGUGAGGAGUGAGGUGAGGUUAUGAGGAACAAUGAGGUGCAUAAACAGUACAUGCAGUCUCUCACUUAUUCUUGCACUAGGAGAUCCCCACUUAUAAUUCAUACCAGGUUAUUAAAGUAACAUUAUUCAAAAUUGUGUCAAACUAGCAAAAGGUAUUCAUUUUGGUCUUGAGAAAUGAAGCUGACUCAUUUUAUAUCGACAAGGUUGUGGCCUUGUUCAAGGACCAAGCUACAACCUUGUUACUGAGUCCUGUACAUUACUAGGCCUGAGCAGCAGUCAGGCCGGCUGCUCUCCAACGCAGCAAGCUCCAUAUGCUAUAAGAGCAGCUAUUAACUUGCCCUUUAGAUUGCCUACUUUUUAAGCAUGUACAGAAAUCAUUUACUUAACAAAAAGGCGUGUUACGAUUUAUUUUAUUACACUUACAAGCAUUAAAACAUGUUCCGCAUCGCAAUUUUUGUAAUUCCUACUUUUUUUUCUACUACUCUGGCUUUGAGAAUUCAGUAAAUGAUAUUUUUUUUAAA